AUGUCUUCCGGUGGCAAGUCUGGUGGCAAGGCCGGUGACGCCUCGUCCAAGUCGCAGUCGCGCUCGGCCAAGGCCGGUCUCCAGUUCCCCGUCGGCCGUAUCCACCGUCUGCUCCGCAAGGGCAACUACGCCCAGCGUAUCGGUGCCGGUGCUCCCGUCUACCUCGCUGCCGUCCUCGAGUACCUCGCCGCCGAGAUCCUCGAGCUUGCCGGCAACGCCGCGCGUGACAACAAGAAGUCGCGUAUCAUCCCGCGUCACCUUCAGCUCGCCAUCAGGAACGACGAGGAGCUCAACAAGCUGCUCGGCGGCGUCACCAUCUCGCAGGGUGGUGUCCUCCCCUUCAUCCAGAGCGAGCUCCUCCCCGCCAAGAGCGGCAAGCCCGGCAAGAAGGGCGCUGCCUCGCAGGAGUAG